UAAUGACGAAUGUACCCAGAAAGCUUACGAUGCGUAAUAUGUGACGACAAGGAGAAUGAAACUGCAGUGCAUUGUAGAGAUCAUUAAAUAGCCAGUUUUCAAGCUCUAUUUAAAAUAAGGCAACUAUGCUUGUUGUUCCCUUCAGAAUACUCUUUCCUCUUUUGGUAUACCAUAUCCAUUUUGUGAAUGUCGGCAAAAUUGGGGAAGUGAGAGAAAAGGAGUACUUACUGAAAGAUAUGCGAUUCGUCAAAAAUAAAAUAGAAGAAUCUGAUCCUAGUCUUCAUACUGAGGUUAUUCAAAAAGAGGAAGAUUUUGUAUUUAGUGGAGAUGAUAGCGACUACAUUGAAUCCAGUGGAUAUGAUACUGACUAUAGCGAAUUCAGUGGAGAUGAUAUUGAUACCAUUGAACUCUUUGGAAAUAAAGAUUAUGACGGAAUUAUUGGAGAUAUUGAUUAUCGUUUCAAUGAUAACGACAGUGGUUAUAAUGUGACUACAGAAAAUGAUCCUUUUACCAUUGAUAUAACAAUGGAGAAACCAACUAGUUGCAAUUCGAAAUAUAAUGAUUCCGCUUCGGUUAAUGCGGACCUUAUUGAAAUGCUAAGAAAGCAACAGAAGAAAUGUGUUUUGUAUCAAAAUAAUGACACUUCUAAUUUUAUUAUAUAUUGUUGAGAGUGAGUUUUGAAUAGUGGUCUGUGUGAUGUCUGAAAUAGUUGCAUUGAAAAUGCACUGUGAAAUGUAAAAUAAUGUGAUGCAUAUUGGUUUCGAAAUGCAGAUAGUUAAUUUGUUUAGUUAUAAGUUCAUGUACUUAAAAUUACUUUUUCAACAAGAUAGUAUAAAGUUUUUCACGUUCAUUCUA